CGGGCGGCUUUGGGUAAUGGCAGCGCUGUGAGGACGGAGCGGGGCAGCGACCGCGGCCGAGGGCAGGAGCGAGGGAGGCCGGGCGGGGGUCGCUGACUCGGGCCCCGGGCCGCCAGAUUAACACUAAAGCCCCACAAUGUCCUUGAAACCACGAGUAGUUGACUUUGAUGAAACAUGGAACAAACUUCUAACGACGAUUAAAGCCGUUGUUAUGUUGGAUUAUGUUGAAAGAGCAACGUGGAAUGAUCGCUUCUCAGACAUUUAUGCUUUGUGUGUGGCCUAUCCUGAACCUCUUGGAGAGAGACUUUAUACUGAGACUAAAAUUUUUUUGGAAAAUCACGUACGCCAUUUGCACAAGAGAGUUCUGGAAGCUGAAGAACAAGUACUGGUUAUGUAUCACAGAUACUGGGAAGAGUAUAGCAAAGGGGCAGACUAUAUGGACUGUUUAUACAGGUACCUCAACACACAGUUUAUUAAGAAGAACAAAUUGACUGAAGCUGAUCUUCAGUAUGGCUAUGGAGGGGUGGAUAUGAAUGAACCUUUGAUGGAAAUUGGAGAGCUAGCUCUUGAUAUGUGGAGAAAAUUAAUGAUUGAGCCACUGCAGGCCAUCCUUAUUCGGAUGCUCCUCCGAGAAAUAAAAAACCCAAGCACUCCUCCUACAAGGCAAGCUGAAUAUCAACUUAAGCAUUUUUGUUCCAACACAAAAGGAAGCCGACAAGAUCUUGAAUUUGAUCGCUGUGGAGAAGACCCAAACCAGAAAGUAAUCCAUGGGGUUAUUAACUCCUUUGUUCAUGUUGAACAGUAUAAGAAAAAAUUCCCCCUAAAGUUUUAUCAGGAAAUUUUUGAGUGUCCUUUUCUGAAUGAAACAGGGGAGUAUUAUAAACAAGAAGCUUCAAAUUUAUUGCAAGAGUCAAAUUGCUCUCAGUACAUGGAGAAGGUUUUAGGUAGAUUAAAAGAUGAAGAAAUGAGGUGUCGGAAAUACUUGCAUCCCAGCUCAUAUGGCAAAGUGAUUCAUGAAUGCCAACAGAGGAUGGUAGCUGAUCACUUGCAGUUUCUACAUGCAGAAUGUCACAAUAUUAUCAGACAAGAGAAAAGAAGUGACAUGGCAAAUAUGUAUACUCUGCUUCGUGCUGUGUCAAGUGGUUUACCUCAUAUGAUUCAGGAACUACAAAACCAUAUCCAUGAUGAGGGCCUUAGAGCAACCAGCAAUCUUUCUCAGGAAAAUAUGCCAACUCAGUUUGUGGAGUCAGUUUUGGAAGUACAUAGUAAAUUUGUGCAACUCAUCAACACUGUUUUGAAUGGUGAUCAACACUUUAUGAGUGCCCUCGACAAGGCUUUGACAUCAGUAGUUAACUAUAGGGAGCCCAAGUCGAUCUGCAAAGCACCUGAGUUGCUGGCCAAGUACUGUGACAACUUGUUGAAGAAAUCAGCAAAAGGAAUGACAGAGAAUGAAGUAGAAGACAAACUUACAAGUUUCAUUACUGUUUUCAAAUACAUUGAUGACAAAGAUGUAUUCCAAAAGUUCUAUGCCAGAAUGUUGGCAAAAAGAUUAAUUCAUGGUUUGUCUAUGUCUAUGGAUUCUGAAGAAGCCAUGAUAAAUAAACUAAAGCAAGCCUGUGGUUAUGAAUUUACCAGCAAGCUCCACCGAAUGUAUACAGACAUGAGUGUUAGUGCUGAUCUCAACAAUAAAUUCAACAACUUUAUCAAAAACCAGGACACGAUUAUAGAUUUGGGAAUUAGCUUUCAGAUAUAUGUUCUACAGGCUGGUGCAUGGCCUCUAACUCAGGCUCCUUCUUCUACAUUUGCAAUUCCUCAGGAACUGGAAAAAAGUGUACAGAUGUUUGAAUUAUUUUACAGUCAGCAUUUUAGUGGAAGGAAGCUUACUUGGUUACAUUAUCUUUGUACAGGUGAAGUAAAAAUGAACUAUUUGUGCAAACCUUAUGUAGCCAUGGUCACAACAUACCAAAUGGCAGUGUUGCUUGCCUUCAACAACAGUGAGACUGUCAGUUACAAGGAACUUCAGGACAGCACACAAAUGAAUGAGAAGGAACUGACAAAAACCAUCAAAUCUUUGCUUGAUGUCAAAAUGAUAAACCAUGACUCAGACAAGGAAGACAUAGAGACAGAGUCUACGUUUUCAUUAAAUAUGAACUUCAGCAGUAAACGAACAAAAUUUAAAAUUACAACAUCAAUGCAGAAAGACACACCACAGGAGAUGGAGCAGACCAGAAGUGCUGUGGAUGAAGACAGAAAAAUGUAUCUCCAAGCUGCUAUAGUCCGUAUCAUGAAAGCACGUAAGGUGUUGCGACAUAAUGCUCUAAUUCAGGAGGUAAUCAGCCAAUCAAGAGCUAGGUUUAACCCAAGUAUCAGCAUGAUUAAGAAGUGUAUUGAAGUUCUGAUAGACAAACAGUACAUAGAGCGAAGCCAGGCCUCUGCAGACGAAUACAGUUAUGUAGCAUGAUGUUGCUAUCCUGCAGGUAUGAUUGUAAGGAGAUCAUUGCUCUCACUGUUUGGUGUGUUCCUGUGGGAAGAGGCAGGCCUGUGCCUCCAUAAUUGGUCACUUGGCAGCCCCUGUUUUUCUGCUGUUUACAACAUCACCAGUGCCAUGUCAUGAGCGUCAAUGAAAAUGCCUAUAGAUAUUUCAAGCUCAUGUCAUUAUGACAUUUCUUAAAACUUUACUAAAAGAAUGAGUGAAGUAUUGCUGAAAUGUGAUGAAUUGGUUGGGUACCAUGCUUUUUUUUUUUCCCCCCCCCUCCCCUUUCACGUUUGCAGUUGAUGUUUUUUAAUGUAUCUUAAGACAAAGUAAAAAAAAAAAAAAAAUCACACAAAAAACCUAAAUAUUGUAAUAUGACAGAUAACCUAAUAAUUGUAUCUACAUUAAAAUGUAAAAAAAAAUGACGAACAUGAUACUGCUGCUUGUCAAAUAAAAAAAUAAAGUUAUAUAAUGUGUCUCGAAUGAUUGUAGAGCUGGAUAUAGCAUUAAUGUCUGUAAAUAUUAUUCAGGCCUGAAGAGUAAAAAUAAUGUUAUGUGUUUGGGUUUUGGAUAACCUCAGAAGUAGAUCUGACGUAAGAACUAAUUUAUAUAAAACUGAAUACCAGGUAUGUCAUGUUUGAUGUGAUUAUAAAAAAAAUAUUUAUGGUUAA